GCAGGUGAUCUGAAUUGUCAUCAUGACCCGGGAUAUAUACCGAUGUAGACGGGCUCGGUCAGAACUUCCUAAAGGAGCGUCGAGCCCCCGAUCAGACAACUCAGCCCAACCGUGGUAGGUGGUCUGAAAGAGUCAUGGGUCGUCCUGGGAUUCAGAUGUGGACAUGGAAGCUGUGUGUCUUCUUGAGCUGGAUGUGCGUGGGCCAGGCGGCGGCAGGACCGCAGUACAUGGUAGCCAUUCCUGCAAUUCUUGAAUCUGGCGCUGAGACCAAAUUCUGUGCCAGUCUCCUGGAGCCCAGCGAGACUCUGGAAAUGAGCGUCACUCUGAUGUCCCAAGAGGCGAAAACAACCCUUCUGGAGAAGACAUCCAGUGUAGAAUUUCAUACCUGCAUUGACUUUAAGGUUCCUUUAGUGCAGGAUGAAGUGGUGCAGAACUUUGAGGUGGAGGUACGAGGCGACACGUUCUACUCUAAAGAAGUCCGAAAAGUUAAGAUCAAAGUCUAUCGACCAAUGACCUUCAUCCAAACGGAUAAACCAAUCUACCUCCCAGGACAAACGGUGCAUUUUAGAGUCAUCACUCUGGAUACCAAGUUAAGACCUGUCCAUCAGCUGUACGAUGUAAUCGAAAUAGAGGAUUCUAACAGCAACAGGAUUGGCCAGUGGCUGAAUGAAGCCUCCUCCAAUAGGAAGAUAUUGCAGCUUUCUUACGCCUUGAACUCUGAGGCCCGUGAAGGAGCUUACCAAGUUACUGUGUCGAUUGGGUCUGAAAAAAUACAACACAGCUUCAAGGUGGAAAAAUACGUUUUGCCUAAAUUUGACCUACAAAUGAAUGCACCUGAUGAAGUAAGCAUUAAUCAGGAAGAAGUCAAAGCUGAAGUCUGUGCCACGUAUACAUACGGACAGCCUGUGCCAGGCAGUGUUGACUUGAAGGUGUGCCGACCUUUUUAUCCCUAUGUUAUACCCCGUGCAAUCACCCCUGAACAUCCAGAGGGAGUCUCUGUAAUCCCGAUGCCUUGCUACGAGGAGACAAAGCAGACGGACAAGAGAGGCUGUGCCACUUUCAGCUUCACAAUGUCAACUUUCACGAGAAUUGCGCAGGAGGCGCUGCAAGAUGAACUGCAACUCAGUGCAAAUAUGGAAGAGGAGGGGACAGGUAUUUCACGCUCCCAAGAGAAGACUACGGGCAUUUCUUAUGUUGUUGGAAAGCUGUCUUUCACCGACACUCCCCAGACUUAUAACAAAGGAUCAAAUGUGGAAGGAAAAGUUAAAGCGGUUUAUUACAAUAAUACGCCCAUUCCUGACAUGCCGGUGUUCCUGUUUGAGGGUGAAAGGUGGUCAUCGCGUUGGUUACAGAAUCUCAAAACCAACAGUGAUGGUGUCGCCGCUUUCUCAUUGAGCACAGCUGCCUUUAAAGGAGACGUCCACUUGCAAGUUAGCGACACGCCGACACUGGGCUACAGUCCUUACAGAACGCCAUACUAUGAGUCUAACGAUCACAUGGUGUCUUUGGCCACACCUUCUUCUCCUGACACCAAGACGGUCAGCUCCCUGGAUGUGAAGGAGGAGGAUGAACCACUCUCCUGUGACGAAGAAGAAGACCUCUUCAUCCAGUACACCAUCGUUGGAGAGGCCCAGGGCUUUAUGGAUGUGAUUUAUCUGGUCUUAUCAAGAGGAGCCAUUGUUUUACAAGGAGUUGAACGGGUGGAAAUCAAAGAUAAAUUGGUGAAUGAGGGCGAGGUGUCCUUUAAGCUGACGGUGUCUCCAGACAUGGCGCCAGACGUCCAGGUCGUGGCUUACGCCGUCCUCCCCAGUGAGACGGUGAUCGCCAACAGCGCGGACUUCUCUACCGAGCAGUGCUUCAGUCAAAAGGUGUCUCUGGAGUUUUCUCCGUCCUCGGCCGUCCCAGGAGAGGAGACCAUCAUGCGGGUUACCACCCAGCCAGAAUCUCUGUGUGGCGUGAGCGCUGUUGACCAGAGCGUCCUCAUCAAGGAGCCAGGGAAGACUCUGAAUGCAGACAAGAUAUUUAAAUUGUUGCCUGUCACAAAAAUGUCCUAUAUUCCGUAUGACAUUGAAGACGGUGUAGAAUGUUUGCCUUGGAGACCGAGAAAAUCUAUUUUGCCGUACCCCAGAGGUGACAGGACAGCUGGCGCUUAUACAGUCUUCCAGAAUGUAGGAAUGAAGAUGGCAACAAACCUGGUUAUCCGAGAGCCUUCAUGCCUCGAAUACCAAGGAAAAGAAUACCUCCGGGGCGAUGGUGACUUGCUUUUUUUGCUCCAAGUGAUGCAUGCUGAAUAUUUACUUCGCUUUAAAACGGGUCAUUGCUUUGGUUUUUACCUAAUGGAAUAUUUUCUCCAUUCUUCCUACCAUAGCCGUAAUGGAAGUAAUGGCAGCGCCUGCCCUGUUGGACUUCCUGUGGCUCUUAAUGGGCCAUCUCCUGAUCAGUCCCCAGUAGAGACGGUCCGCACUUUCUUCCCUGAGACCUGGAUAUGGGACCUGGUGGAAGUUGGAGGGUUUGGAACGAAGAAUGUGUCCCUCACUGUCCCGGACACCAUCACCACCUGGGAGACGGAGGCGUUCUGUCUGUCCCCUCAGGGUUUCGGCUUGGCUCCGCGUAAAAACCUCACGGUCUUCCAGCCCUUCUUCCUGGAGCUCAGCCUGCCCUACUCCAUCAUCCGGGGGGAGCACUUUGAACUGAAGGCUACCACCUUCAACUACCUGACCAGCUGCAUCAUGGUCACUGUGACUCCAGCCCCCUCCUUAGAUUACACCCUCACCCCCCUCUCUGGUGACCAGUACACAUCCUGUCUGUGUGGCAGUGAGCGCAAGACCCUCAGCUGGACCAUGGCCCCCUCAUCCUUAGGAGUUGUAGAUGUGUCGGUGAGUGCUGAGGCUGUGACAUCCCAAAUCUCAUGUCACAAUGAGGUUGUGAGCGUGCCUGAAAGAGGACGAAUUGAUGUGGUCACACGACCUCUCAUAGUAAAGGCUGAGGGAACUGAGGUGACCAACACCUACAACUGGCUGCUCUGCCCAAAAGGGCGAGCUUUGACAGAGAAAGUGGACAUAGAACUCCCUGAGAACAUUGCUGGAUCUGCCCGUGCUUCAGUAUCAGUACUCGGUGACAUCCUGGGCCGGGCUCUGGAGAACCUGGAUGGGCUGCUGCAGAUGCCGUAUGGAUGUGGCGAGCAGAACAUGGCGCUCCUUGCCCCCGACAUCUACAUCCUGGAGUACCUGAGAGACACACAGCAGCUGACCCCAGCCAUCAGGAACAAGGCUACCAACUUCCUGACCAGUGGCUACCAGAGACAGCUGAACUACAAAGAUAACGACGGCGCUUACAGCACAUUUGGAGCAGGACCAGGGAACACUUGGCUGACUGCAUUUGUGUUGCGAUCGUUUGCCAAAGCACAGACUUUCAUCUACAUUGACCCAGCCAACAUCGAAGCGUCCGUGACUUGGCUGAAAAGUAAACAACGAAAAAAUGGCUGUUUUGAACAGUCGGGAAAGCUCUUCCGCACCAUAAUGAAGGGUGGAGUGUCUGAUGAAGUUACUCUCAGUGCCUAUAUCACUGCUGCCUUCUUGGAGAUGAACAUGUACAUAGAUGAUCCUGCGGUUCAUGGGCCGGUGAAGGCUAGCUUGUCUUGCCUCAAGAAGUCAAUCAGUGACCUCAGCAACACCUACGCCACAGCUCUGCUGGCGUACGUCUUCACCCUGGCAGGAGACAUGGAGACCCGUGCUCACCUACUGGGUCACCUAGACGCUGUUGGUUACGAGAAGGUGAGUUUCCUCCACUGGUCUCAGACAGCAACAGAAACAUCAGCCUCUCUGUCUGUGGAGACCAGCUCCUAUGUGCUGCUGGCUAAACUCAGUGCCUCCCCGACUGCUGAAGACCUGGGCUACGCCAGCCGCAUCGUUAGAUGGCUGACGAGCCAGCAGAACUAUUACGGAGGAUUCUCCUCCACACAGGACACCGUGGUGGCUCUUCAGGCUCUGGCUCUCUACUCCACUCUGGUGUUCAGUCCAGAGGGUUCAAGCACCGUGACGGUCCGGUCUCCCGGGGGCCAGCUGGUGUUUCGCGUGAAUCGGAACAACAAACUGCUCUACCAGGAGAAGCAGCUGCGGGACGUGACGGGAAAGUACAGCCUGAACGUGAAGGGCACUGCAUGUGCUGCCAUACAGAUUUCCCUUGUUUAUAACAUCCCAACUCCUGCUGCUGUUACCACCCUCGGUGUUCUGGUCAAACCAGAGGCCGACUGCACCAGCAAAAUACCCAAACUCAGUCUGAAGCUAACAUCCCUAUAUAGUGGAAAGGAGUCCAGUACAAACAUGGUUAUCCUGGAUAUCAAAAUGCUCUCUGGAUUUGUCCCAGACCCAGAGUCUUUGAACAUGCUCAAAGGUGCCCUGCUGGUGGAUCGUGUUGAACAAAAGGAGGAUCAUGUUCUGGUGUACAUACGGGAGUUACAGAAGGACCGAAGAAUCAACCACAGCCUGACGCUCGUACAGGAGUACCAAGUGCAGAACCUGAAGCCAGCCGUGGUCAAGAUCUACGACUACUACCAGCCAAGUGACCAGUCUGAUACAGCAUACAUCGACCCUUGUGUUGCAGCUUGAAGAGCAUGUGGUCAGUCCUUGUGUCAUCCAGAAGAUGUACAUUAUGUACUAACACCAUGUCUGUUUUGUAUUUCCUGGUUAGUAUUCUGCCACAACCCCUUACAGCUGUGUAACUACGGUCUGAAGUGAAAUGCAUAAUGGAUAAUUAAAUAAAAAAAAAAAGUGACAUCAA